AUGGGUUGUGCAUAAAUAGUCAAUCACACAAGUGAGAUUUGCGAACCAUUAAUUGAAAGAAAAUCCACAAAAAGAGUAACCUCAAAAUAAAAUACUAGUUUUCAAGACUCUCCCAUCAUCUUUCCAUUAAAUUUACCUAAUGGAUUUGGAAGAUAUAAAUAGAACCAACGAAAUCAAAGAAAUGCGCUGAGUAAGACAAAGCUGAGGAAUGCUUUGAGGAUAGAAAUGCAAUUAGACAGUAGUAAAAACACUAUUUUAAAAAGGAGAGCAAUAUCGCCAUUAGUCUGA